CAAGCACAUUCUGUGACGAUCUCACGCUAGAUGGUGUUGUCUCACAGAACGGAAAGAUAUGACGAUAAAAAAGUGAAACUUAACUGAAAAACCUUUCAGUUUAUUGCGAUUUUCAAAGGUUUAAGUAAUUAAGUCAUAUAUCGUGCUUUAAAUAUUUUAAACCAAACAAUUCGCGUUGUUUACAACAAAUUAUAUUGUUUAAUUAAUAAAUAUGGAAUUGGAUAUAAACUUAGAACCUUUAAUUAUAGAAUUAGUUUGUUUAGGCUUCGACAUUGCCUGCUUUACCAUAUUUUAUACGUUGUAUAAUAAAGGAAAGAAGAAUGUGGAAGAAAUAAAGGCAGCUCCCAUUUUAGAAAUAGACAAGAAUUUAAAGUCAACAGUCUCAACUUAUGAAAAUGCCGUUAUUCCAUAUGGUAUCAUUAGAGGUAAUGUACAAUCCAAGAGCAUACCACUUAGAAGCAGUCAUGUACAAGAUAUUACUGGUGUCAUCAAAAAGAUUGCCGUUAGUGAAUAUAAAGUAAUGUGGAGCCCUGUGUUAAGAUUCUGGUCUGAAACAAAGCAUGAUAUAAAGAGUACAUUGAAUGCAGUUCCUUUUGUUUUGAAAAAUGAAUCCUCUUGGCAGAAGGCAUUUGUAGAUGUUGAAGAACCAUUUUCAUGUGAAACACUUCCAUUGACAAUAGUUUAUGAUCAGUUUACACCAGUAGAGCAGAAUUUUGGAAGUACGGUAAUUGGUUGGCUACGUGGUGAAAGAACUAAAGGAUUUCAAGAAUUAGAAGAGAUGUUAUUAGAGGGGACUGUUCUCACAGGAAUUGGAAAAAUUACGAUAGAAAAUAAUGCUGUCAAAUUAAAACCACCUUCAGAUGGUCUGUCAUAUUAUUUGACAGCUAUGUCAAAAGAAACAGUGCUUAGAAAAUUAAAUGAUGAUGUCAAGUUUUUACGUGUGGUUUCAAUUCUAAGUGGUGUUCUGGGUGUUUUCUUGAUUACUUGGAUAACAAAAUCACUUUAUACCAAUUGGAAACGAAAAUUCGAAAGAGAGAGGGAUGCGAGACGCCGUGAAGAACUUCGAAGAACGAGGAAUCAUAAUGGAGUACAAGAAGAAAGGAAUCAUAAUGCUCCCACCUGUGUUGUCUGCCUCACAAAUUCCAUUGAAAUGAUGAUUCUAGAAUGCGGUCAUGCUUGUCUUUGUGCAGAUUGUGCUGAGGAAAUUUUGAGACGAAGACAAUGUCCAGUUUGUCGUUCUACAAUCACUAGGAUAGUAACAACAUUUUUACCAUAAAAUAAAAUAUAACAGAGAUACUUCAUAUAAAGAUAUUUUUAAACUCUUUUUGGUUAAACUGAGAUUACUUCAGUUUAACCAAAAACAGCCUCAGUCACUUAUAAUUCAGUGUUUAUGGGAGAUGAAAUGUGCUGAUACUAGUGUUUUGUUGAUGAUGAUGUAUAUUAUUAUUAAUGGCUUUUUCUUUUAGUUUCUAUAAUCAUACAUUUACCAAGUGUAAUAGUUUCAUAAAAAUUCAAGCACAUCUUUUUGAUUCUAUUCUGUUUAAAAAUGGUGAUACCAGUUCACAUAAUUUAUAUGGUAAAAAUUAUCAAUUGUCUAUAAAUACCUUAAACUAUGUAUAACAAAAUUUCCAAUGAUUAUGUAUUCAUUUAUACAAAUUAUACAUAACUUUAUGUAUAAGUUUAUAUUAGAUACAAAACUGAAUUUAAAUUAUUGAUUGAUAAAGCAUUUAUGGCAUAUUCUUGUACUGUAUUGAGAUCUGAAGAAUCAUCAAUAACAAAUUAGUAGAAUAUACAAGUACAAUUUUCGGUGCUCAAAAGUGGAAUAGAAUGUGUCUUUAAUUGUUAACAUUGUUUUUGAGUGCUAUGGUAGACUUUAUGGUUCUUUAUUACAUCAGCAACAUGCAUCAUACAAUAAUAUGAUAGUUACUAAAAUUGAUUUAAUACAUUGUUGUUGGACAAACAUCAGAAUGCUAAACUUUCAUUCAGAAUGUUUAUUAUUAAAGUAUUACACAACUUUCUUGAUAUUCAUUAUUUUGGCUGAGUUGAAAAUAUUUAUGAAGAAACAAUAACUACUUUAGAGUUAAUGCUUUAUAUUUUGAUUGAGCCUAUUAAUUAUACAAAAACAUAUAAUGUUUAGUUCAUUUUGCCUUCAUAUUGAUUAACCAAGCAAAAUUAGCACUCUUCUGGGAUAGUUGUGUGAGACAAAGUUACUAAGUAGAAUUGAAUUUCAACAGAAAUAUCAAGAACGUGUUCCAUAUACAUCAUCUUGAUCAUUUUUUUUUAACCAAAAGUGCACUUUUAACUGAUUAUGAAUGAAUGUUUUAGUGCAUUUAUGUUGCAAGAUCAAUCAAGUCAAUUUUAGAAAUCAAUUUAAAAAUUUAUGUCAGUCUAAAAACGAAUUGACAAAAUACAGUUUUUUGGAAUUAUAUAAUUAUUUUUUUUACAAAUGUAUGACACUAUAAAUAGCUGAAAAUCUAAAGUGACUGAGAGAAUUAUUUGGAAUUAUCUCUUCAUGUUAAGAGUGUAGUAAAUAUAAAAUAUAUAGUUACCAAACCAAAGUAUUUGUAGUUAUUGAAUAAUCUUCAAUGUAAAAAAUAUAGUAAAAUUAUUUUUUUAAAACGUUCAAAUUAAUAAAUGAUUAGUA